CGCUGUGGUCUAACCUUCGGUGGUCUCUUUAACUACGACCAGUAAGAACAUGGAAAUAGGAGCAGGGUUGCCAUGUUGCGGUUAUCCCGAAAUUGGGCUACUUUGAAAACGAUGCCGCGGGUGCAAACAUUUGUCGCGGGUUGCUGGUUUUUGGCCUACUUAGCCAACUUAUGCUUGAUCCGAAAAUGUGGUCGUAGGCGCUUAUGGAUAGUGUGCCGCAAUUGCGCUCAUUACCAUACUCAGCCCAAAUUUUGUAAAAGUGUGGAGGGCUCCCUAUAGCUCUGCGUUGGCAUGAUUGGUUGACGGUAGGAGGGGUUCGGGAGGUCCUGUAUGAAAACAAAGUGACUUUCUUAAUUAACAACUUCCUUCACAAUAGCUCUGCACUACUUUUAAGAGCAGGAGGUAUGAAUGCCCUGACUUCUACAGAGGCCGUGUCACCGUAAAUGCUGCACGGCCAAUGCAGACGGAAGAUUGACCAUGUAGCGCUUUUAAGUUGCUCCGCGGCCACCAUGGCAUUUCUCUUAAAAUACAUCUAAGUUAUUCACUGUGACCUGCUGCUGCUGACUAUCAGGCAGUGAGCAGGCUGUUACCGAGGGAGUGGUGGGAAGGGGGAGGGCCGGGAGUUUAUGCGUGUGUCUUGAGAGAGUCCUGCAGCAGGCUCGGAGACAGAGCAGCCAGCGCACAAGUCGUGACAAUUUGUAUGUAGGCUAUUUAACGUUAUAUUGUUCAUUAUGGAGACAUAUUACCAACCCUUUUUCUUUAAAACAUAUUAACGUGCUAGAACUGAUAUAAAGGCGACAUAGCACUGGAAAACGACAUUCCGCACACUAGAGCGCUUUAAGAUACAUUCGCUCAGAGGUAGCUUAAUAAAGUACACUGCAUUCUAAUGUCGAUUUGCCUAUUGAAAUAACAAGUCAAUCUCGCAAAUAGGCCAUUUAGAACGGGUUGUACUCUUAAGGAUCCGCCCCUUUUUUUCAAUUUUCGCCUAAAAUGACAUCUGAAAUGACACCAAAAUCUGACUGCCUGUAGCUCAGGCCCUGAAGCAAGGAUAUGCAUAUUCUUGGUACCAUUUGAAAGGAAACGUUUUUUCAGUUUGUGGAAAUGUAUAAGAAAUGAAGGACAAUAUAACACAAUAGAUAUGGUAAAAGAUAAUACAAAGAAAAAACCAACCGUUCUUUUGUAUUUUUUUGUACCAUCAUUUUGAAAUGCAAGAGAAAGGCCAUAAUGUAUUAUUCCAGCCCUGGUGCAAUUUAGAUUUUGGCCACUAGAUGGCAGCAGUGUGUGUGCAAAGUUUAAGACUGAUCCAAUGAACCAUUGUAAUUCCGUUAAACAUUUUGAAUCAAGACUGCCCAAAGGUGCCUAAUUUGUUUAUUAAUAACUUUUCCUGUUCACAAUUGUGCACUUUCCUCAAACAAUAGCACGGUAUUCUUUCACCGUAAUAGCUACUGUAAAUUGGACAGUACAGAUAGAUUAACAAGAAUUUAAGCUUUCUGCCAAUAUCAGAUAUGUCUAUGUCCUGGGAAAUGUUCUUGCUACUUACAACUUCAUGCAAAUCGCAUUAGGCUACGUUAGCUCAACCGUCCCGUGGAAGGGACACACAUGUUAAUGGCACAAAUUGCCAGAAAAUAACUUAGUAUUUGUUUUUUGAAGUGUUUCUUGUACAGAGAUUGAGAUUCUCUGUCCAUCUUUCAAAACAUGUAUUUUUACUGUUCCAAUUACAUUGGUAACCCAUUUAUAAUGUCAAUAAGGCACCUCAGGAGUUUGUGGUAGGCCUAUAUGGCCAAUAUAUAGUGCAUUCAUAAUAUUUUCAGACCUUGUCUUUUUCCACAUUUUGAUACAUUACAGCCUUAUUCAAAAAUGUAUUUUAAAAAAUCCCUCAUCAAUCUACACACAAUACCCCAAAAUGACAAAGCAAAAACAGGUUUUUAGAAAUGUUUGCAAAUGUAUAUAUUUUUUUAACUAAAAUAUAUUUACAUAAGUAUUCAGACCCUUUACUCAGUACUUUGUUGAAGCAUCUUUGGCAGCGAUUACAGCCUUCAGUCUUCUUGGAUAUGACGCUACAAGCUUGGCACACCUGUAUUUGGGGCGUUUCUCCCAUUCUUCUCUGCAGGUCCUCUCAAGCUCUGUCAGGUUGGAUGGGGAGCGUCACUGCACAACUAUUAUCAGGUCUCCAGAUAUGUUCGAUCGGGUUCAAUUCCGGGCUCUGGUUGGGCCACUCAAGGACAUUCAGAGACUAGUCCAGAAGCCACUCCUUCAUUGUCUUGGUCAUUGUCCUGUUGGAAGGUGAACCUUCGCCCCAGUCUGGUCCUGAACGCUCUGAAGCAGGUUUUCAUCAAGGAUCUCUCUGUACUUUGCUCUGUUCAUCCUUCCCUCGAUCCUGACUAGUCUCUCAGUCCCUGGCGCUGAAAAACAUCUCCACAGCAUGAUGCUGCCACCACCAUGCUUCACCGUAGGGAUGGUGCCAGGUUUCCUCCAGAUGUUACGCUUGGCAUUCAGGCCAAAGUGUUCAAUCUUGGUUUUAUCAGACCAGAUAAUCUUGUUUCUCAUGGUCUAAGUCCUUUAGGUGCUGUCGCGCUUUUUACUGAGGAGUGGCUUCCGUCUGGCCAUUCUACCAUAAAGGCCUGAUUGGUGGAGUGCUGCAGAGAUGGUUGUCCUUCUGGAAGUUUCUCCCAUCUCCACAGAGGAACUCUGGAGCCCUGUCAGAGUGACCAUCGGGCUCUUGGUCACAUCCCUGAGCAAGGCCCUUCUCCCCCGAUUGCUCAGUUUUGCCAGGUGGCCAGCUCUAGGAAGAGUCUUGGUGGUUCCAACUUUCUUCCAUUUAAGUAUGAUGGAGACCAGUGUGUUCUUGGGGACCUUCAAAGCUGCAGACAUUUUUUGGUACCCUUCCCCAGAUCUGUGUCUCGACACAAUCCUGUCUCGGGGCUCAAUUUCUUCGACCUCGUGGCUUGGUUUUUGCUCUGUAACGUAGCAAAAUGUGGGGAAGGGGUCUGAAUACUUUCCAAAUGCACUGUACCACGGCUAAGGGCUGUGUCCUAAGAACAACACUUAGCCAUGGUAUAUUGGCCAUAUACCACACCUCAUCAGGCCUUGUUGCUUAAUCAUAGCAGUCAAAACAAGUUAACUCGACAUCCAUUGACGGAAAAUUAUCUGGCGAGUUAAGGGCAAAUUAUAUUUUCUCUUGCAACAUAUUUUUAAGCUCACAAUCAUUACUAUUUUGAUGGAAAACAAAAUUUUGCUUCUUAGCCUAUGUCGUUAUAAAUUACUUUGAUUUCCUUCUUAAAAUGCUUGACAACCUAAUGGAAAAAGGGUUCAUCAAAUAAAUGUGGCAGCUCCUCUCUUGCUGCGAAAACAAAAUGUUGGGCUAGUUUUCAGGCUUCGUGAGCGGGUUUUGAUAGAUCAUUGGGCUAGAAAUUUCAACUAGACCUGGCAACCCUAAGUAGGAGGUAUCUUUGAAAGUGAACGUAACCUAUUACAGUUUCGUCUUUGUCGGACCUAAAUCUUUGUACGGCCUUGUCUCUAGUCUAGACAAAUAUGUAGAAUUUGAACUGUGACAUUUGAGUUAUUAUUUUUGUUCCUAGUGUUGUGUAUUUUGAAUUAAUAAAUAUGAUGUUUUAGUCAAUUGAAUCGGCUUAAGUGAGACAAAAAGUGCAUUUAGUAGCAGAGUGGUUUCCAAACAAGCUCACCUGAAACAGAAAACGUCGGUAUUUCUGAAUUUCUUCAUGGUGUGUGCUGUCUGGCACUGGUCAAGUAGCCAUUGACUUCAGACUUUGAACUGUGACCCUGAACCUGUACCCCUGAGGUUCUCCAGGAUGGCAGGGUGAGGGGCUGACACGAUGGAACAUGAUGGAGGGGACACAAUAUCAGAUAGUCCAGCAGCAAAGAACAGAGUCUUACUCCAGCUGCUACUCUGUGGACAGUGAUGACUGUGAGACCAGAACCAGGAAGUCUCAAAGUUUCCUGCAGUGGAACUUCCUCCAAGACCAGAGCUGAUCAAAAACCCAGAUGAGAAGAGGCACCCUGCCCUGACUGUAGACUUCACCUUCAAGGCCAUCAGGAAGACAGUGGAGAAGCUGGGGAAGGAUGAUCUGAGGAAGUUUAAGAUCACGCUGUGGAAGCGUUACCCAGAGUCGUUCAGUGCUCCUCCCCAGGGCAUGGACAUGGUGACUUGGUGGACAGGUUGCUGGAGUGUUAUGACCUAGAGGUGGUCCUGCAGCUCACCAAGGCCCUGUCGAAGGACAUGGGCCUCAAGCGCCUGACUGAUUUCCUCAGGGACAUUUACAAAAGAAGUAUGCACAUCUUCUUUAUUUCAUUUGAUGAAUGUAAUAUACACUGAGCAAAAAUAUCAACACAACAUGUAAAGUGUUGGUGUUAUGUUUCAUAAGCUGAAAUAAAAGAUCCCAGAAAUGUUCCAUAUGCAAAAAAAGCCUAUUUCAAAUAUUUUACACAAAUUGGUUUACAUCCCUGUCAGUGAGCAUUUUGCCUUAAUCCAUCCACCUGACAGGUGUGGCAUAUCAAGAAGCUGAAUGAACAGCAUGAUCAUUACACAGGUGCACUUUGUGCUGUGGACCAUAAAAGGUACAACAUAAUGCCACAGAUGUCUCAAGUUGAGGGAGUGGGCAAUUAGCAUGCUGACUGCAGAAAUAUCCACCAGAGCUGUUGCCAGAUAAUUUUAAUGUUUAUUUAUUUACCAUAAACCGCCUCCAACGUCAUUUUGGAGAAUUUGGCUGUAGGUCCAACCGGCCUCACAACCACAGACACCUUGUCCUGUGGGCGAGCAGUUUGUGGAUGUCAACAUUCUGAACAGAGUGCCCCAUGGUGGCGGUGGGGUUGUGGUAUGGUCAGGCAUAAGCUACGGACAACGAACACAAUUACAUUUUAUCGAUGGCAAUUUGAAUGAGCAGAGAUACCGUGAUGAGACCCUGAACCCCAUUGAUUGUUGUGCCAUUCAUCCGCCGCCAUCACCUCAUGUUUGAGCAUGAUAAUGCACGGCCCCAUGUCAUAAGGAUCUGUACACAAUUCCUGGAAGCUGAAAAUGUCCCAUGGAGAAAAUGUCCCAGUUCUUUCAUGGCCUGCAUACUCACCAGACAUGUCACCUAUUGCGCAUGUUUGGGAUGCUCUGGAUUGACAUGUGUUCCAGUUCCCGCUAAUAUCCAGCAACUUCCCACAGCCAUUGAAGAGGAGAGGGAAAACAUUCCACAGGCCACAAUCAACAGCCUGAUCAGCUCUAUGCAAAGGAGAUGUGUCGCGCUGCAUAAGGAAAAUGGUGGUCACACCAGAUACUGACUGGUUUUCUGAUCCACGUCUCUACCUUUUUAUUUAAGGUAGCUGUGACCAACAGAUGCAUGCAUAUCUGUAUUUGAAAUGGCCAUUGAACAGGAGGAAAUAUACUAGAUUGUGCCUUUGUCUCCUUUUCCCCUAUUUUCUCUGUGCAGAUGAGGUGCGUAAUCAGCUGAGACGCACUCUGCUGAGGAAGUAUAGCAGUAUGCAUGAGGGUUUUCCCAGCAGGGAGAGCAUAAGGCCUUUGACAGUAUCUUAUAUGAUCUCUACAUAACAGACAAAGGCAACGCUGGGCCUAAUAUCCAGCACGAGGUCAGAAACAUUGAAAAGCUGUCCACCAAUCGCAAGGAGAAGCUGAUCACCUGCAGGCAAAUAUUUGACCCCAAUGUGAUCUAUGAGAAGCAUGUCAGGUCUAUAGUCACCAACGGCAUCGCCAGGGUGGGGAAGUCUGUGGCUGUGCAGAAGUUCAUUAUGGACUGGGCUGAGGACCGGAAGCACAAGCGUGUCUACUUCCUGUUCCCACUGCCCUUCAAAGAGCUCAACCUCAUGCUGGAUCUAAAGACCUGCCUCCUGGAGAUCGUCCACGCCCUCUACCCUGAGACCAAGGUGCUGCCCAACUUCAAGUGCUGCGACGGCAAGGUCAUGUUCGUCUGUGACGGGCUGGACGAGUAUGCACGUCCCCUGGACUUUCACCGCACUGAGACUUGGUGUGAUAGCACCGAGCUGGCCAUGAUGCAUGUGGUGCUGACCAACCUGAUCAGGGGCAACCUGCUCCCCUCCUCCCUCUGGAUCAUCUCCCGCCCACUCACCUACAGUCGGCUGCCCCUAGAAGCUGUGUACCAGGUGUUGGAGGUGCGCGACUUCACUGACGAACAGGAGUACUUCAGGAGGAGAUUUGAGGACCCGGCGCAGGCCGAUAAGGUGAUCGCCCACCUGACCUCCUGCAAGACCCUCCACAUCAUGUGCCAUCUGCCCAUGUUCUGCUGGGUGGUGUGCGGACUGUUCCAGCGCACGUUCUGGGAGAAGGGGCCGGAUAUAGAGCUCGCCAAGGGGCUGACCCUGAUGUACAUCCACUUGCUCUUGGUGCACCUGCGUGUGCGUGGCGCCAGGGGCUCGGCCUCUCACACCCCAGAAGAGGAGAGGGACUUUCUGAUGAAGCUGGGCAAGCUGGCCUUCACAAUGCUUGAGAAGAACCAGAUGGUCAUUGGCAAGGCCACCUGGAAAGACUGUGGGGUGGAGGUCGCUGAGACUGUUACUAAGAGCGGCCUGUGCAAUGAGUUCCUGAUCGAGCAGUUUGUCAUGUACCAGGAGAAGGUCCAGACCUUCAUUCACCCCACCAUCCAGGAAUACCUGGCUGCCCUCUACGUGUUCCUCACCUGGAGGUGCACAGGGAAGAACAUCCUGGAGCAGCCGCUGAAAAGCAAGUUCUCACUCAUGUUCAAGAACCCCAGUCUGCUGGACAUGCACCGCAGCGUCAUAGAGAGGAGCCUGCAGAGCCCCGAUGGAAACCUGGACGUCUACCUGCACUUCCUCCUGAGCAUGGCCCAGAAUGCCAAUCAGGAGCAGCUGCAAUGCUUCCUACCCAAUAAGAGCAAGUGCUCGUCUGUCUCUGAGGAGAGCCUCCAUCAUCAAGAAGAAGAUCAAAGAAAACCACCACCCUGAAAGGAACGCCAACCUGCAGUGCUGUCUAAAAUUGCUAGGGGUUGGUGCUGAAGCUCCCAGCCACAGCCGCUCUAACUUUGUGAAUAACCACUGACUGGUAAUACUCUGAUGACAGUAUUUAUAAAGACAAAGAGAGUUUUGUUAGGUUAAGGGAAUUGGGGAAGAAACAUAUGAAUACUUCAGGGUUGCUUUGUAACAAAAAAGUACUAUCUGUGGAUAAGUACAAAUCUGUAAUGUGAAAAGCAGCCACAAGGUGGCAGUAUCAGUACACUAUACUACUAAGAGAGGCAGUGAGGUCACCGGGCU